AGGAAGCAGACGGACUGGGAAGGGAGCAUGAAAGUGCUGUAGAGGGGGAUAAAGAGGACCUAGAAAGUGGGAGGGAAUGGGGUAAGGUCAAUUGCGGCGAUGAAGCUGCAACAUCCUUCCGCAUGACAGGACCCGGGAGCACUUUAUUCACAGGAGGACAUUACGGCUGCUGUCCCUGGGCUCCCUGCCGUGCAUUCUCAGCUUCAAGUUUUCACUCCAGGUACCGAAUGAAGUGGGAGCCAUCAGCUCCUGAGCUCUAUUGUAAACCUCACCCCCCACGUCAAAAGCAACGUGUAGGUACCUUGGUUUGGGCUUUCCGUGGCGCAUAUAUUUGACUGGAGGGGGUCACAGAGUUAAUUUGUAAGUGUGGUACAGCAGAUGCCAGGACCCAUUUCCCCCCUCCUACAUUAAGCCAAGCAGGGAGGGGAGAGGGGAGGGAGAGGGGCAGGGUGACAGUGCUACAGCGGGACCCACGGCAAUAGGACCUGGGGGUUGCCAAGAGGUGACUGACAUGGGGGAAGCACAGUGGGGGGAUUUCAGGGGGGAGGGCGAGAGGGGGAUGACGGAGGAGCAUCCCCCUUUGGGAAAAGGAGACCAGCAGGUAGAAACACCCUGGGGCAAGAGGAACAGUAAAGCCUUUGGAGCAGGGAGCUGUUUCAGGGGAAGGUGUCCUAACAGAGCACUGGCUGUUUUGUGGGGGGUCCUCUGCCUCCGUCCACGGCUCCAGCCCCACCAGGCCACAAGGCAAGAUGUUUUCUGCUCCCUAGUCCCUACCCUUACGCUUCUGUGAGCUGGCUGCCAGGGACAGCAAGCGCUCCAGGUGCCCUCUCCUCCCUGAGGCUCUCCGCUGUGGAGCUCAGAUGUGGCCUGGAGUGAGCCUGAGCUUUUCUCGUGACCCCUCAGCCCUCCCUGCUGUGACUUUCUGACAACCCCCACUCCAGGAUGCUCCCGGUGCACCCUGCCGCUGAACGCGUGCCCCUCCUGCUCCCGUGCUUGCACCACAGCCCCCGUCCUUGCCCGUGGCACAUGAGAGGCAGGGAGCUGGGUGAGGUGGGAUACGGAGAGAUGUCCUCCCCCGGCAGGUACCUGCGCAGGGGCGAGCACAGCCCGUUCAGCGCGAGCACGAGGCGGAGGGUGCCGAGCUAGCUGUGCUGCUCCUGGCUUCAGACAGAGCUCAGGGCCGUGCUGAGAGAGGGAAGUGCUUGGCGUGUCCCUGCUCGAUUGGGGAGUUUUACUUUGACUAACGGGGAGGGGGAAUAACUGAGUCACAGGCGCAGGAAUGGCAGUCGGGCUCUCACAGCUCCUCGGAGGAGCCCGCAGCCCCCCCGGGCUUGGCACGGCCAUCGGCGCUGGCACAGUGCAGCUGGGCAGAGCGCUCCCUGGCAGCCAGGCACGUGUGCACGUGUGCGAGGGGCGAGGGAGCAAGCGGCUGGGCACACCGGCUGGAGAGGGAAGUGAAAUCGCAGCAGGCGUGGAACCGGCGGGCAGCGACCGGUUUUGGUCAGGACUUUCACUUGCCCAGAGCCCCGCGGCACCCGGUGGGGAGAGCUGAGACGGUGCUGAGGCCGCUUCGGUGCUGCCCUGGUACAAGCUGCCCUCCAGGGAUGCUGCUGGUAGGGCAGGAGAUGCAGCCGGAGUGACAGGUACCGGUGGCAGGACGUUUCUCCUGCUCCUGAUCAGGAACACCUAGGACCAUUAAGGGUUUAUUUAGUCCCUUCCAAGGCUAUGGGGACCAGACUUGCUUGGUGUGACCUGCUUUGCCCAUGCCCUGGGCAGUUACUGAGCAGAGCCAGCUCUGAACCCUGGAGAAUGAGACAUGGUGCUAAGGGGCUGGGAGGGUCCUUGCCACAGGCCUAGGUCUGGGAUGGGGGAGUUAGAGAGAGCAAGAUGGUGGUGAGCACCAUCAUUAGGAGAGGUGGAGAACACACAACAGUUGGCCUGCGCGUGCAGCAGUCACUAACAGGCCAUGUCCUGCGGGCAGUGGGAGCUUUUCAAAGGGAAAACCUCAGCACCCCUGCACUCUUUUCUCCUCUGGUCCUUUUCUGGAUUUUCCAUCCAAGCCGGAUCUGUGGCCCUGGGAUUGGGUCUGGUAAAGAUCUGGGCACAGGAAAGCCUGCUGUAGGCACUGGAGGAUGCUGAGGGGGCUUUUCGCCAGCCAACGAGUAAGGGUGUGGGUUGGGGACAUGCCCGGGUUGGGGGCGGUGGGCUGGGGAGGGGUGAAGGCUGAGGAGGUGACACCAUCGGGCUGGGGGCCAUGCCGCCGGGCACAGGGUGCUGCACGGCUGGGGCACGCCAGGGGCUGCGGGGAUUUCGGAAGCGUAUUUUGGAGCAGAGGGGUAGUUUGAGGGUGCGUUGCGCGGGCAGGCAGGGGUAGGGCUUGGGCAUUUGCUCUCCUCCUCCCCUGUGAAGAUCCGCCCCAGGACAAGCGCAGCGAUCGCGAGCCCCAAGGGAGACGACGCAGCUUGACAGACUGUAUCUCCCUCUGCCACGGGCCCCAAGGCGCUGCGAUUUCACACUCGGGCGGCCCCUUCGCCGCCGCGCCAUGCGGGAGCCGGGCUCUCGCUCCCACUCUGCCAUGUCCUCAUCAGGAAAAGCCACCGGUGCUUCCUCCUGCCUCUCCUCCCAGUGCUUCGACCUCCUGACCAGGUCCUGCGUCAAGUGCUCCGACUUGUUCAGGGACAACACAACUCUCCCCCUCCUGACGCUGCCGGCAUCUCGCCCCACAGCAGAGCCCGGCCACGCAGCGCCCACCUCCGCCCUGGCACCCACCAUCCCCUCGGCGGACCUGCCCAGCACCCUCCUGCUCUUCGGGGUCCCAGCAGCGGUGGGGCUCAUCCUGGCCCUGGCCGCCCUCUGGGGCUUCCUGGCCUGCAAGGUGGGGAAGCAGAGGAGGAAGAGGAAGGCAGCAGAUGAGGAGGCCGAAGCAAACAUGGAUGCCACCAGCCCCCUGCCUAGCCUGGGCUGCCAGGACCCUGCCAUGCUGGAGGGAGAUGCCACCCUGGCCCCAGCCCCAGCUCCGUGCCCACAUCUCAAUGGAGGCCUGAAGAUGCCGGGGCUGCCCAGGAAAGCGGUGGCGAAACGGAGGCCGUGCUGCCAGGGUGAUGCCGACGGUGACAUUGUCCUGCUCUCUGCUGUGUACUCCCGGCACGAGGAGUGCAACCACGGCUUCCCACUGCCUGCCACCGAGCUGGGGGCUGCAGCCCUGGUCACCACCAAAACCACCCAGAACUGUACCGGAGAGGAGAGAGCCUGAGAGCAGGAGGAGCAGGGCUGGAGCGCUCCGGUUGCUCCCUGCAGACGCCCAGAGCCCAUCCCCAGGGCAGGCAAAGCCUUGCACAGAUAUGAGCUAUCUGAGGACCAGGUUUUUCCUUGAGCAAGAUCAGCCUUCUAAGAUGACUGCCCUUUUCCACUUCCCCAGUUGCGCCAAGUCCUAAGUUAUGCCUGUAGGCACUGGAGGAAGCCAAAGCGGAUCACGCCGAGUUACACUGAACUGCCCACAGCUGCCACGGCCGUACCGUUGGGAGGAGGCAGAGGAGACGCGGCUGGUGAGGACAGAGCGUGGCAGGGGCUGCUCUGCCAUUUGCAAGGCUGCCUUUGUGCCAGGACGGGUCUGCUGCUGGAUGGGUGAUUUCUGAGGAACAUGGGGCUGGAAUUGCAGAAAAAGGGGUGGGAAGGAAGAUGGAGAGGGAGGCAGGGAGUUACAUUAGGACCAAAUUCCACACCACUGCCAUUAACUUGAUUUUUGCUACUGACCUCAGUAAAAGGAGGCUUGGGGUCACAUAGAGCAAGGCACAUCCAGCAGCAUCUGCUCCAUUCACAGUCCUGCCUGCCCCCAUCUUCUGCAUGCCGUAAUAUCCAGAUCUUUCUUCCCUCUGGGCCCUCUCAUGUAGUGGCAGGCACCCACCGGCACUCAUGGGAAUCCCCUCUGCAGCUGGAUACCGCAGGGAUGAGAAACAAGUCCGUCUUCCCAAGCAGGGAGUGAGGGAGGGAAGAGGGAGGAAAAAAUAUCUGUCUUUCUUCUGACCUGCGAUCACUGAAGUCAGGGAGGACCAGGGGCAGGCAACAGAGACUGCUGGUCUAGUGGAGCUCCCUGAGCUUCUCAUUAUGGCCCCAGACAACCAUCACUUCAGCUCACUGUGGCUGCAGAAAUACCACAUGUCACUUGGGAUGGAUGUUUCCACGCCAUGCAAAACCAGGCAGGGAGUGAUGUGAGCGUAGUUGGGAUGACUUAAUUUAUGUGAGUGUCUUCAAGGCUUUGCCUGCGUGCAAGAGCUGGCCAGCGUUGCUGGUCCAAGGCACUUCUCUGUAGAUGGUCUUGUUCACCUGCCCACAAGUGGCUUUCCUGCACAGGAAGGGCUCUGCUUUGGAAAUGAACUCGUUAGUGUGGGAUUGCUGUUCCCAAGUAAUUACAGCAGCUGAACCCCCUGGCUGAACAGAGCCAGGCCGAUGCUUUGGGUGAGAAACCCUGCUGGCCCUGGAGGGGGUGAUUAGGCAAUUAGAAAUGCUUUGCAGGGUUAUUUGCAUGAAGCACCAUCUCGGCGGCACCCUGGGUCUGCUCUUCCUCUGGUGAGGCAUCUUCCUCGCCUGAGAAGCUUCAGGGACCAAGCAGAGGUGGCCAAGCAAGGUGCGGGAGCACUGCUGCCAAGUGCCAAUAGGCCACCAAGGGCCACAGCUCACAGUAGGGUUGCCCGGUGGCACUGUGCGGAGGGGAUGUCCCUCUGAUGACGGGAAGGUUACUCCCUGCCCAAGCCUGAGCUCUCUUCUGAGGCUGCAGGACCAGACACUGCUGUUGAAGGGUGACGCUCCCUCUUCUCCCCUCCCCACGCCACUGGAGGUGGACUCGGGGCAUCUAUCCCAUAAGGGGAACCACAGGCACUGCCACAGGUGCCAAGACCCAAAUUCCUCACUAUGACUCCUCUCCCAGACCUAAACACGCUGGUGGAGCUGAGCCUUCAUCCGGCUGACGCUCCGCAUGACCCAGAAUGGGAUGGGUCCCCAUCUCAGCCUCGGGGCUGAGGAUGGUGAGGGGCCACGUGCCCAGCAACUGUGUCCUGGGGCUCCAGGCACCUGUGGCUUGCUGGCAGGAGCUGUGGAGGCUCCAGCGCUGGGCUCCCAGUUAUCUGCAGCAGGCGUGCUGCCUGUCAUAGGAGGGGUAUCCCCAUGGCACGAAUUGGGCAUCUCCUCAUCCCCAUGCUCCGCACCCAGCCCUGUGAAGUGACUUUGAGCAACCUUUGUGCAUCUGGAGUGCGGAAAUGAGCUGAAGCCAGGCCAGGGGACAUUUUGGAGCUGGAAGGACUGCUCGUGGGAGACAGAGCAACCUGCUUCAUGGGAAAUCGGGGUGAGAGGGAAAUGGAGCCGGACUGUCAGGAGCAUCUCCCACUUCCCGACCGGUGACUGCUGUAGCUCAGCCCUGCAAAUGUGCUGUCCACCCUGACCGGUGUGGCGAUUUGAAAAAGAAACUCCCAUACAAAUCCUGUUUAAAAAGCCCCUCUUUCUGCUCAGGUAAGGGCUUUUGCUCUCAUUUCUGCUAGAGCUUCAGCCAGGCAUCUCCUCUACGGGACGCUGCCAGCAUCUGCAGUUUGCAGAAGCAGCACUUCGAUCCACAUUGGAUUCCUCUCAGCCGGCGAGUACCCCUCAGAUCCCCUCUCUGUUUUGGCACGUGGGGCAUCUUCCCCACAUCCUGCCUGCCCAGCUGCCAGCCGUGGUGGGGCAAGGCUCCCCUCCUGCCUGGCCUGCCUGUCUGCCUGGGCGGGAUUUGCAAGCCCCUCUGUUCGUGCUUCUCCAUCCUUAUGUGCAGGUCAGGGGGCUGUCUGUCUCGUCUCCAUGGAUUGCAGAGGGAAUGGAGAUCAAAAAUAUGGCUGUAAAAAUUAAAGAAUAAAGUGAACCUGCUGCCAAUGCA